AUGUCUUACAACGCUUCGUACCUCUCCUCCCCUGACACUCCCUCCACCGUCUUUCCCGAACGACUCAUCCGACCUCUUCCUCGGCGAUCUCUUAAAUCACGCCUUUCUCAGGAUGCAGUGGAAGCAAUUACAUAUCCCCCCACGCUGCCCUCGACUAGCCUCCCCACAUACACCCACUAUGGCGAGAAUGGCGAGUUCAUGAACCAUGGAAGCAAAGUAAUGCUGUCAAACCACAGCGAUGGUUACGAACAUGACCACGACCAUGACCAUGAUCACGACCACGAUCACGACCACGAUCACGACCACGAUCAUUACGAUGAUGAACAUGAGCAUGAUCACUGCCCACAUCACCACCAUCAUUGCCACCAUGACGAGGAUGAGGACGAUUUGGAUUCUGCCGAUGAUUCUUUGGGACCUGUUCGUCACUCAACUCCAUAUCGUAGCUCUCCGCAUUCCCCCAGAUCUUCCAGGGCGUCAAGAUAUGGGAGUAAAACGUCCGGUUCUGGUCCAGAUGGGUACGAGGCAUUUGAAAACACGAACAACAAAAAGAAACGGAAAAUCCCAACAUCCGGUGGUUUGAGCUUGCAUCACUCGACUCUUACACACGAUCUUGCGCACUUGGGCAUGAACGGCAAGAGCGGAAGCCCCGAUGACCCAUAUUAUGCUUCAAUCCAUUCGGGAAGUGUUUCUGGUCUUGGGGUGCAAGGCGCUGGAAGGGGUCGUAAUAGUAGAAAAUUGCCGGGUCGGAAUCCACUGGGUGUAUCGGUUAAUGGCACAAACGCUCGGAGCGGGUCGUCCAAGUACGAUCAGAACAUCAGUGCCAAUGCCAAAGGUAGGCCAUCUGUGCCCGAAUACAAAUCGAUGCAAUCUGACCAAAGAGUAGCUGAAGAUUCAAAAGACCAGGGGAUUAUUUCUGCUGCAAUUGCAAAUGCCACUGCUCUUCUCCGCAAGCCCCUUAACAAAGGCCAGGAGAAUUUAGGCGUGUUGGAUCAACAAGCCAAACCCGCACCUACAAAUUCACAGUUCACGUUCACUUGUGAGACUGAGGCAAAAGGAGUCACAUUCCCCGAGCAAAGUCUCUAUUCUCCUGGUUACAGUCAGCGAGCCAGCAAUCUUACACACCCGGCACAAUCCGCUCCUCAUCAGAAGAGUUCGACGCAAGCAACUCAAACGAGUCCGAAUAUUGUGCCUCAGAGUGGACAGCACGGGGCCGGAGCGCCACGUGAGGGAGCUAGUAACAGCGCUCAAGGCAAGAAACCUCGAAGACGGAGAGGGGAUGUCUAUGCUCUUGCGGCCCGACAGCGAAAGCUCCAACAAGAAUACAACAAUCUUCAACAUCCUCCAGCUCCGGAGGACAUCUGGAUCUGCGAGUUUUGUGAGUAUGAGAGUAUCUUUGGUCAGCCGCCCCAUGCUUUGAUACGGCAAUAUGAAAUCAAAGAUCGCAAGGAACGUCGCCGUUUGGCAGAGAAACGUCGAUUGCUAGAAAAGGCAAAGUUGAAGGGAAGAAAAGGCAAGAAGCAAAGUAAAAAUGCAGCCAAGGCUGCUGCUGCUACACAGGCAGCUCCAGCCCAUCAACCAGCCCACGACAACCAAUACAUGGAUCAAUUAGGUGACGAUGAGUUGGACUAUGGUUAUGAUGAUGACCCGAUUCCAAUGCCUACUCCUCCCACGCAAACAUCCAGCAAGCAGCAACCUAUGCCAGGAGCCUACAAUGCCAAUGUAGGCAAAACAGCAGCAGGAGGACCUGGAGGCGGGGUACGAUGA